AUGGCGCCCUCAGAAAUAAUCAAACGUAUGCAAGAUGCCGCUGCAGCAUACGACAGGGAAGAGCUCGGGGCUCGAGCAACUCUGUUGGACUUGAAUCGACAGCUCCUCGCAGAACUGGAGACUCCAACUGACUUUGUGCAACGUAUUUGGUUCACAACGCAGGCUUCUCUCGGAGGUAGCCUUGAAGUCGCAAACAACACAAACAUCUUCCGACAUCUGCAAAAGUCUGAGAACGGACUUACCACACAAGCUCUUUCCGAAAAGACAGGCAUUGCCGCGCCUUUACUCGAUCAGCUUUCCAACACCCUUGCCAAGGAAAACUACCAACACAGCAUUUCCUUCUGCCAACGCGCCGCCGCAAAGUCCUUUCUCUUCUUUCCGGAUCAUUUCAAGCAGGCCGGUUACCAGCAUCCUGGUCUGCCUGACGGACCUUACCAAUAUGCCCACGACUCUUCCCUGCCCUUCUUCGACUGGCUAGUUGCCAACCCUCCUUACGUCAACUGGUUUGGUUCUUUCAUGUCCGUGUAUAGGGCGGGCAAUCCAGACUGGUGGGAGUUCUAUCCUGUCGAAGAGCGACUAGCUUCUGGUUUCGAUAAGGCUACGAGCGAUGUAUUCCUAGUUGACAUUGGUGGUGGCAGAGGCCAUGACUUGCUAUCUUUUGCAAACGGUAUCAAGUCACCCGGCCGGCUAAUCCUACAAGACCUACCAGAAGUCAUCGCCGACGUCACCGAGAAGACCGCCUUUGAAGGUCAAGCACACGACUUCUUCACACCGCAGACGAUUCACGGUGCAAGAGCAUACUACCUUCACUCCAUUCUACAUGACUGGGGCGCCGAUCACGGGGUCAAGAUUCUAAAGAGUCUGAAGCCUGCUCUCACACCUGGCUACUCCAGAGUUCUGAUCAACGAGAUCGUGCUAUCCGAAGAGAACCCUUCUCUGCCGGCUACCUCUAUGGAUAUGAUGAUGCUAGGACACAUCGGCGAAGCUUGCGAGCGUACUGAGGAGGUUUUCAGAGCCAUGGCAGCGGAAGCUGGCCUGGAGGUUGUCGAGAUAUUUUCAAACGCUGCUUCACCUGAGAGUGUUAUUGAGCUCAUGCUGCCGCUCAACUAG